AUGCUGCGCCGUAUCUUCACGUAUGUUCUAUCGGGAAGGCAGCUUAUCCCAUCCGUUACCCCCCGCGGAAAAGUAGCAAGCACAAUUCACGCUCAUCGUUGGGUUUCUACUCAUCCUAUCGUUGUCUCUCCAUAUCUUCUUGAUCGCACCGUACCUGCGGAAGAAAUUUUGAAUAAAUUAAUGCCUUCGGAUUCCGAACGUCUCAAGUUCUUGGAAUCUGAGCAUCGCCUAUUGUUUGAUGGAGGUCAAAAGGUUCCGUCAACGCUAACACCAAAAAUGAAAUUAGAGUUGCUCUGCUGUCAGUCAUACACGUCACGCAUUCGUUUGCAUGAAUUUUUCUUCAAACGACAGAUGCGUCGUGAAAAUCGCGCAGCCAGGAAGGCCCAGAAGUCGCAAGAGGAGCCAUCUGAUUCAACGCCGACGAGUGAUGGUCGAAUUAUUCGCGUUGUGGACCCAAGGUGUAACCGUUACCAUGACGAAGCAUACAUGUGGGCGGAAAUCCGGUGUCCGGAGUCAGCACAGCCAUUGGUUUUUGAUUUCACUCAUGAGUCUGAGAUGAGACUACAAGACCAGAAAAAUUUAGCCAGCCAGUUGGCAUAUGCUAUGCAGUGCACACGCCGAAUGCGACCAUACCCAUUUCAUCUUUGGCUUUGCGGUCUCAAACCGGGCUCCAAUCAGUACAGUUUUAUGGAGCAGGAAUUUGGAGUGAAGUCAUUACCUGACAUUCCGGCCUCCGCAUUAGACGCCCCGGUGGACAAUAGUCAUAUACUACGGCAAACCGGCCGCAGAAUUCAUCGACUUGAAGAUUUCCCGUGGACAAUAUCACCAAACCACUAUUCAAAAGAUUUCCCCCUGAAUGAUCCCGAUCGUCCAGUGAUAUAUCUCACUCCAAAUGCCCAUCGUGCUUUCGAGCCCGGGGAGUGGGAUCACAAUGCAGUCUAUGUGGUUGGGGCGAUCGUCGAUAAAAUUAUCCGAAGACCGGUCACAUUUGCCAAAGCUCGGCGUUCUGGAGUCGAGUGCAUCCGACUACCGUUGGAACGGUACUUCAAAUGGAGUUCAGGCAGCAGCAAAACGUUAACAGUGAACUGUAUCCAUGCAAUUCUAGCAACAGCCAAAUCAACUAACGGGGAUUGGGAAACUGCGUUACGCACCAAUUUGCCCAGGCGAUUGUAUGAUCGCGAAGAGAAACCUCGGGCCAAAUUAAACAGUUUAUUCGACAAACUAUAA